ACUUGAGUUUUGGAGUAUGUAAAAGAGUUUAGAAUUUCUUUUGUUCUUACAAAAACAAUUCAAAUUCAAUAAAAUCAAUAAAGAUUUUCAAUUGCUAUCAGUUCUUGUAUUAAUUUAUCCAGUGCUUAUUAUAAAAAAUUAAUGUUCUUUUAAGUGUUCAGUCGUGCUAGAAAAUCAACAUAGAAAUUAUAAAAUCAAUGGGAUCAAAUGAAUUUUAGAAAUCACAGUACUACCAACCAAAUUUUUACUUCGUGUUUGCAUUUUGACACAAAGUAGACCUGAGCAUUGAACUGAAUUAAAUGACAUUAAAAUGAAAAAGAUUGAUGCAUAUAAAUCAGUUUUCAGAAAUUAAAUUAUCAAAAGUUAGUUUAAAAAACAAAAUUUGUUUAAUAAAUUUUGAGUAGGGUAAAAUGAAGGGUUUUACUUAUUUUAUGCAAAAUAUUAGGAAUGCAAUCAUACACAAAGAAUAGUAAAUCUGCUAAUGACCGAAAUAUAAAUACCAAAAUUGAUUCAACACAGCAAACAAAAGCACUUUCUUCAAUUACAAAUUUAAUAUUUUUUAUUGACGUUGAAAAAAAAUGUGAAUAUGCUAAGCUUGAAGAUAAAAUUAAAACGGUUGGAGGGACAAUAAAUCUGUUCUUAACCGACGAUGUAACACAUUUUAUUACUGAUAAAUCAAAAGAUCCUAAAAUUUUAAAUGGAAAAGAUACACCAACAGAUAAUAAAUCAACACCAACAGAUCUUAAUGCACAUAAAAUAAAUUCUUCAAGAACAAGAAGUCGUGUUGAUGAAAUGAUCCAUAGAGCACGUCUUGAAACGAACCUAUCACAGUCAAGAUUAUUAGAUGUUGCAUUACUUAAAAAUAUACGUAUAUGGGACUAUAAUUACGCAAAUAUAUUUUUAAACAAAACAAUUAAAAAAUUAAGGUUAUAUAAAAAUAAUAAAAAAAAAGGUGUCGUUAAUAGCGUACAUUUAACUGAACCAUUUAUAAAAAUUGAAGACAUUUCAAAUAAAUAUAGGCCAUAUUAUCAAAUAUUAAAAAGCAAAUGGCCCUUUAUAAAUUUAUUCAAUUGUGAUUUAAAUAAUACUAAAACCUCAAAUCAAGACGUAGUUAAUCACAAUAAAGUAAAUGUUUGUUUUAAUGAAACGGAUAAUAUAGUUGAUAGAUUUGGAUAUUGUGAACUUUGUAAAUGCGAAUAUGAUAAAUUAAGUGUUCACUUAGAAACAAAACAACAUUUUAUCUUUGCACGCGAUCAGAAAAAUUAUGAAGAUUUAGAUAAUCUCAUUUAUGAAAAGGUUCAACAUAAAUGUUUCUUUGAAGAAAACCUUUCUAAAAUAAAAAAUAAAAAAAAAGAAACUAAUAAAAGUAUGACAAAAUUACAGUACCACGAUUAUUUUUCGAGAUCAGUUACAGAAAACGAAAAGGCACUCUGCGUUCAAAGUAAAAUAAAUAGGGUUACACGCCAAGGAGUUAAUAUAGAACAUAACACAAACGGUUGUAAAAGAAGAAAAAACGAAGUUACAAAAAGUAAUAAAAUAUCAUCAAAUGUACAUGUAAAUUUAAAAAGUAAUUUAAAUUAUGUAAGCGAAGUUCGAAAGUCUGAUAAAGAUUCAGAGAGUUAUACAAAAGACAAUUCAUCAUUGUAUUAUAAGGUUAUUAAAUCUCAAUGUGACCCUGAGGAAAACUUCAAUAAUAAAAUAAAUGACAAGGAUAUUACCAAACCGGCAAUUAUAGUUAAAUUUAGAAAAAUUAGACAAUCUGAACUAUCCAUAUUAAAUGGGGAAGCGGAAAAUUUUAUGUUUCCGAAGACGAAAUCAGAGAUUGAUAAAAAAGAAAAUAAUGAACAAAAACCUAAUAAAAGAAAGUAUUCUAGUACACAUGCCCCAGAAGAAAAAAGUGAAGAAAAAAUAAAGAACAAUUCUGAAACAAAAAAACGAGGAUCGCAAAUAACAGAAAAUAAACUGAAAGGUGGAAAUAAAACUGAUGAUUAUUUACAUAAUUUUAAAAAUCUGAACUAUUCAUUUGAAACUAUUCCUAGCACUGAACCUUGGUACAAUGUUUUUCGUAGACAAGACACUGGCAAAGAGCAUAUUUUUGAAUUCUUCGGAGGUACAGGCUACAGGAAAUUGCCAUAUGAAAUGGGGCACAUUCCUUUGACACAAGGAAAAUUGUACAAAAACUUCUGUAUGCUUUGCAAAAAUAAAGUUGAAACAAAUAUUUCGGAAAAAUUUGACGAAAAUCAAGGUGGAAUUCGAAUAAAGCUGGAAAACGAAAAUGCAAAUGUCAAAGAAAAAUACGCUAACAAUCAGAAAAAUAGUGCUAGUUGUAAAUAUCAUACAAAUAACAACAUACAAAAUAAUUUAGAACCACAUCUCGACUUACAGCAACAGUCACAAGAAAUUACUUUGCAACAAGCAACAAUAACUAAACCUUUUAAAAAAUUUUAUUUAAUGAACUUAGAUAUGCCUAGAAAAUCUCCAAGGGAACACGCUUCAACGCUAGCUAUGCUAAGCUGUCUCGUUAAGAAAAGUAGUAGUUGCCAAAAUUCUGUAAACAAUGAUAGCAAAGAACCAACACCAGAACCUCUAUUGAAUAUAAGAGCAAAUUCAACUUCAUUGAUUGAAAAUGAAAAUGAUAGUAAACUCGAAUGUAAGGAAAUUCAAAGUCGAAAAGAAACCGAUAACAAAUUAAACAAAUAUCUAAAACGUAAAUCUAAAUCCUUUUAUAACGAAAGAAUACAAAAAAUGAGCUCUACAGCUCUUGAAAAGGAAAUUGAUUACUUUCUCAAGAAAUCAUAUUCAGACUGUUUAGAUUUUAAUAAUCCAUUAUCGUAUAGGUUUAGCAAUAGUAUUGAACACAAUGAGAGCGAUUCUGAUGGUGGAGAAAAAGAAAAAUUUUUGAGUGAUGUCAAUUUCAAUGACAUUUUAGAUCGUUCAAUGAAAGAAGAACUUUCUUAUAAUCGCCCACUGUUAUUAAGUGAUGGCCUCAGAAUUGGUUUAAACCAGAAGAAGCGUCCUAUCAAUAAAACUGGUUGGCCAUGUAAGAAAAAACUUUUGACUAGACGACAAAAAGGUUGUUUAACUGGUUUUCAUCAUCACAAAGGAGUUUUGGUUAAAAAAUCUAGUCCUUGGUCUAUUAUUAGUAAUAUACCUGCUAAUGAAGAAACCAUAAACCAAGACUUUAAUGAUGCUUUAGAUAGUAAUACUACAUUUAAUAAUAUACCUUCUGUGACAAGCGACUUAGUGAAUGAAAAUUGCAGUAAUAAAUUGGAGAAAAGUGAUCGUAAAGAAACGCCUAGAAGCAAAUCCGAUGUACAAGAAACUUUCCUUUGUUAUAAUUCUAACGAGCAAUCUGCAUUAUUAACAGCAGCGAGUGUUCCUAGUUCAGUUUUACCAAUUAAUGAGACCAAAUCACGAACACAUAUAAAAUCACCGACAAUAGCUACUACCGCAAAAGUUAAUUCAAAUAGUAUUUCGCCUCCGUCUUCGAGAGUGUUGCGAAAACCUCGCGGAAGAUGGUACAGGGAAAGAUAAGGUUAGCUUUUAUU